CUUUAACUGCAGCUGAUCAGCUGGAAAACACACAUUUGGGUUCCUUUAACAUGUCCACUGUGUGAAUGUGCAGGCUCCAGUCAACAUGUUUCUUCUUCUGACUGUUUUCUUCCUCCCAGCUGUUUUGGUUCAUUGUGGCGGUGACAAAGCUGAUCUCUUCAUCACUGCACCGAGGAGUCUGGAAGCAGUGAAUGGAUCCUGUUUGAUUAUCCCCUGUAGCUUCACACCUGCUUCAGAGGAAGGCUUUGACAACAGAAGAAGAGUAGUUGCAGUGUGGAUUAAAGAUGAUGCACCUUUUCGGGAUCAUCCAGAAAGAAUAGUUUUUAAAAGCAGUGAUGCAGUUAAAUACCCUGAUAUCAGCAUCAUUGGAGACCUGAGAGAAAGAGACUGUACCACCAAGUUUAAUAUUGUCAAACUUGAAAAAACCACAAAGUUCUUCUUUAGAAUUGAGAAUGAAUCGUUCAAGGCAACAGCUGAUUUACAUCCUGUUGAGAUUAAACUUAAAGGUUCUCCUCCGAGGCCCAGAUUAGAAGUCUCAGGUGAUCUGAAGGACCUGAAGGAGAAGGAGUCUGUCACUGUAACCUGCUCAGCUCUCACUCCCUGUUCACACUCCCCUCCUCAACUCACCUGGAGCCUCCAACAAGACGCUCACAGCCAAACUGAGGAAAACACAGAAGGAGCCUUCAGCACUGAGAUCCAGAAGACCCUCACUCUGUCAGACACACAUGAUGGAUUCAGCCUCAGCUGCUCUGCUGUGUAUCCUGUUGCUGGAGGAGAACCUGUGAAAACACCUGAGACAGAGUUAACUCUCAGGGUUUCAUAUGCUCCUAAAGACACCACAGUCUCCAUCAGUCCAUCAGGGAGCUGGGUGACCCUGACCUGCUCCAGCAGAGCCAAACCUGCCGUCAGCAGCUUCACCUGGUUCAAGAACAGUGACCAUGGACCCAUCAAAGUGUCUGAAGGAGACUUUUACACUUUUAAUGUGGCCAACACAACAGAUCCAGCAAGUUUUCAGUGUGUGGCUGAAAAUUCUCUCGGUAAUCAGACGUCAUUGUGGAUUCAUGUGAACAAAGCAGAUGAACUGAAGAUUGAACUCGUCUUCAAAACACUGAUGAUCCUUCAGGUUGUAUCUCUCUACUGUACGAUCAUCAUCUUUGAGUGCUGGUUCAGAUGGAGACAUUGCCGCAAACAAGUGAAGGACUCACCAGAAGCAGAUGACGUCAAUACAGUGAAUGAAAGUCCAGCAUCAUGGGCCACAAGGAGAAACCCAAGACGUUAAAGCCAUCAUCAGUGACCUGCUCUAUUAAUUCUGAUCGUUUUUAUCUGCCUGGUUGUCAUUUUUGUCAUGAAAUCAGUUGUUUUGCUGGGUCUCAGCAUGAAGCAGGCCUGUAUAUAAGAAGUGGUGCAGCUCUGUAGAGGAUUAACACAUUUAUAUUCAUGUAGAGUCUUAAACAGAGCUGAUGUCUGUUUCCAUUCUGAAGAUAAACCAGCAUGUAUUGAAGCUUCAUAUUUUCUGUAUACAUUUAAACAAGUUAUAUCUCAAUGUAUUCUUGCAUUGUUUUCCAUUUUCUCCUGGUUUCAUUUGCUGUAUCUAUUGUAGUGGUCAUUUAAGUCAUGACAAUAGAAAACUUAAUAAAUUUUCUUUUUUUUCCCACAAAAUCAUUGUGUUAAUGCUUUGCAGAAAUAAAGUUUUUUCUUUGAAAUAAAGUCAUGAGAAUCUGUGAAGUGAUGAAAGUGAAAGAGGUUAAAUGGAAAAACUGCUUUAAUUUGGGUCUGUCAAGAAAAAGGUUGUGAACUCCUGCUCCACAGGAAGAAUGUAUGAUGUGAGAAGUAUGGACCCAAACACAGAACCCUGCAGAACUCCGUUUAGUCUGAGUAGAAGAGUCAUCAACAUGAAGUAAAU